CGUCAACAGUAGCUAGCAGCGCAGCUAGUGCUACCGAGGGACGCUUGUCAGUGCUAAAGUGAGAGCGAAGGUUUCUGCGCUUCUACGAUGGAUUCUAACGUUGAUCAAUGAUCGAUCACGAUCACACUCAUCGGCGAGUGAAGAUGUCCAGUAAACACUAUGGCUUCCAGGCAGCCACUCUGGUCCAGCCUGCCAACGGUGGCCACGCCUACCUGUUUGGAAGCAACGCAUCCGAGAACGAGCUGUCGGAGGAGGACGGCGAGAGCUAUGAACUCCGGUCCCGAGGCAGAGAGAGGCAGAGGCGGAGCACCUCCAGAGAGAGGAUGGACGACAUCGUCCUCCUGACCAGAGACAUCCUGGAGGGGGAUACUCUGAACAGCAUCGCCCUGCAGUACCACUGCUCGGUUGCGGAUCUCAAGCGUGCCAACAGCCUCCUGACAGAGCAGGACUUCUUCGCCCUUCGCGCCGUGAAGAUUCCGGUGAAACGCUUCAGUGUUCUGACCGAGACCCACAACAGCGGACCUCUCAAAUCUGCCUCCCCGACGGAAACCAGACGUCAGCCUCACCUGUCCCCCGUGGGCCCUCAUCCCUACGAGUCCUCCACCGAGUCCUGCUCCUCCACAGACAGCGUGGAGGGAUUCCUCCUGGAGAAAGACAAGGACAUAGAGCGGCUGGUGAAAUCCUCGGGUCCCUCCCGGAGCAGCUUACAGGAAGUGGUUUCAUCCCUCACGCUUCAGCAGCAGCCGGCUCCACCGGGGGACAUCGAGUACAAACCAGUGCAGAGAAAAGACCCUUAUUACGGGGCAGACUGGGGGAUGAGGUGGUGGACUGCUGUUGCCAUCAUGCUGUUUGUCGGUAUCAUCACGCCUGUGUUUUAUCUGCUGUACUACGAGGUUCUCAUGAAAGCCGACGUAAGUCACCAUGGCAACCGAUCACAAACUACCCACCACCCGCCUGUCGCCCACCUGGGGGGCAACAGUUUGAACAAUGCUGCUGGAGGAAACGCAGGCGUCGGACUUGAACACGAGGUCAGACACGUCGACCCACCGGGGCCGGCUGCGGGUCACGUGGGAAACGGCGAAAGGGGAAAGACUUAACUCUUGAAACGCUGUUGCCAUCGAACUGGUCUGAGUGAUUCUAUGACUUGAUUGAAAUGUUCAGGCGAUUUGUCCUUACUGGCACUUUACCACGUGAAUUCAAGUUGGGCUCAAUCAUUUUGUGAAACCAUUUAUUGGGGCGUGCUGUUGCUUGCCAAAGGGACCCACACUCACUUUUGUCAUGGAUUUUAGAAUAAAGAUGGAUGACUGCAAUGAAACGCUUCGAAUUUGAGGUGGAAUCUACAACUAUGUCGUCUGUAGGUUCUUCUUUCAUCCCAGCUGUUCUUAGUUCGCAGGUCUGUUUGAUGCCAUUGUGUCUGAGAAAAUAAUUUAUUCCUGGACUUUUAAAACUUCAGUAACACAGUAUUUUUAUUUACUGGAAGAAGUUUUUUUCUUUGAGCAGUAGUUUAGCUUGCCUGAAGAGAACUGCAAAUAUUCGAGGCGACUGGGAAGUGCACACGGUUCCCAUGAUGACUCAUACUUUCAAUAUAGUAAUCUCAUUUUUAACUUUAUUAUGUCGCCCUUUUUUUUUUUUUUUUUUUUUUAUCACUUGGGCCACUUGUUAUUCUGAGUAUGUGCCUUUCAACCUGUGGACUUUUGCUGCAGGGCAGGGAAUCAAUAAAUGAAUCU